ACGUCUCCGUCACGUGACCUUUGGCGCGUAUUCGGCGCCUUCGUCAAAUGGUGGUCAUGCGGGGAUUGGCUGGAGCCGUACGCUACUACACUGCUCUAUUUAGUAGUUGUUUACGCUGACUAGCUUUAGGAUUUUUCUUUGGGGCAGGAUUUUAUUCAGUCUUCCCUUUCGGCUGCGAACCUGUUACAUACUUUCUGGUCUCUGUAAGAGUGCCUAGAUGACAUCGGCAACCAGCACCUCCCACCAAUGCACGCCCAGUCCUUCUCAGUGGCUGCUGCUCUCUGGAAAAAAAAAAGUGAAAAAAAGAGAUGGCCGACGGCUGCCCUAGCUUGCUGUAGCUGUAACAGGACAGGAAAUCAGGAGAAAGGGAGGAGCUUGAUAAGAAAUGCUAAGAUAACAAAUAAAGUGGACCCAAAAGGAGACUGGAGGCUAAGCCGAGCAGAGGAGACUCACGUUCCUUGUUAAAGGGGAAGGAAAGUCUUUUUAACUUGUGGGUGCCACAAUUUAGGCAUCCCAAGUGAUUUUAUUUACUUAACUGAUAACCCAGGCUGCUGCCAUAGAAGCAUGGGCAACCUCGCUCAUACUGGGCACACCCCAGGUAGAACUCAUUCACACUGCUCGUUACAUAGCAGAAACCAAUGCAUUCUUAUGCAAAGCAGUUCGGGACACGGCACAGCUCAUAGAACGUACCUCGGAGCAGCACCGCGGACCUUAUGGCUAAAGAACUGGUCAUCCGACAUCAGUUCCAAGAAAUUCUUUACAAUUUCGACUAUUUGGGGAAAAAAUUAUCAGACGACAGGGGGUAAGAGCACUUUUCUACCACAGUCCAAAUAAUGUUCCGCCUCAGCCCCCUGUAGGGGGUGAUUUUUUUCGUGGCCAAAGCAGCAGGUCAACAAAAAAAUCAAACUCUCCAUUCAGGUCAUCCUUUAGCUCCAAACCAUCAGACAAACCUCGUUCAGAAUGGAAACCGAACAAGCCCCAAGGCAAGGUCACCCAUGACAAGCCCUCAUCGGUAUGACUGGGCACUCCCUCCGAGGUCACAAAGCACAUAGGGGGACAGCUUCUCCAUUUCUAGGAGGCGUGGCUAUGCCACUCUUCAGAUUCCUGGGUGAAGGAAAUAGUCACAGACGGCUAUCACCUGGACUUCACUUCUCUUCCCCACAGGAGAUUCUUCAUGUCAAAAGUCCCGUCCACUCCAAGCAGAGCUCAGGCCUUCCAGGAAUGUGUCAGAUGUCUUUGGGACCUAGGGGUUAUCGAACCAGUCCCAUCACAAACGAGAUUUUACGACUACAACUCCAAUCUCUUUAUAGUUCCAAAGAAGGACAACACAUUCAGACCGGUGCUGGACCUCAAAGAAUUGAACCUCUUGAUCAGAUUUGUGCAGUUGAAGAUGGAAACCUUGUGCUCCAUAAUCUGGGGAAUGGAACCAGGACAACUGCUGGUGUCCUUGGGCAUCAAAGACACUUUUCUCUGUCGUCUCUGGGGGACACAGGGACACUAGGGGUUAAGCUCCAUCCUCCAGGAGGCAGGACACUUAUGAAAAAUUUAAGGGGCGUGACUGGAGAGCCAGCUUGACCCCACACACUUACUGUACUAAUCAGUUUUUUAAGUAUCCUGCUAUCAGGAGGAUGGAUUUUAUCUGAUGGGGAAUAAUUUGCUUUCUUCAUCAAGAACACUACAUCUGACCAAGUCAAUCCCAGAAGCAGGCAUAACCCUGGCAUUCUAGAGGGUGAUUUCUAUGUGGGAAUCCACCGUGGGCUAGGUUUCCCAGCCCAAAAAAGGCUGGAUGCAACCCCCCCAGACGUUCCCGUUCCUACUUGGUGCACACGGUGGAAGAGGCUGAGGUACAGAGGGGACUCUCAGGUAAGAGUUCACCCUUCCUGCCUAUCCAGCACGUUACAGGCUUAGGUCCCAUUCAGGGAACCACGCCUGACAUUAAGGCAAAACAAAACCCCCACUUCUCCUCUCUCUACAACGGGGUGCUACUGACAGCCGUAUCCCACCCCCCUCUAAAAGUAAGGUGACUAUCGCGCUUGGAAGGGACUUGCGCAUUUGAUCACAGCCUUGCGGUCCGCGCAGCUUUCCUCUACUCUUCGCAUUCAAAGAGGAAAGGGCGCGCGGCAGGGAGGCGGUCGGCACGGGCAACAGCGCCUCGAGGUGCACGCAAUUGCGUGGGCGCCAUUUUGGUUGAGGGAAGGUGAAUCGAAGCACGCCAAUUACACGGGCGCCAUUUUAAACUGCCUUAACGCCACUAUACACUGUAGCAACAGCCGCCCCACGCUCCAGUGCACCUCUACAAUCAGCGCAGUGACAAGCAACGGUGCUCACAUUUCUACAAUGUUGAAAGCCCAAAAAGCAACAUCGUCCAAAUCUUAUCAUAGGAUUUGGCACUCCUACCAUACCUGGUGCUGUGAAGGGGGUCUACCUUUUCGAGAACUUGACAUUCCCAGGAUAUUAUCUUUUCUUCAGAGAGGAAUCCUACUAAAUCUCAAGCUAAGUUCGAUUAAGGUCCAGAUCUCAGCCUUAUCGGUUCUUUUUCAGACAAGACUAGCACUCCACAAAUCAAUAAAGACCUUCGUACAGGGAGUACAACACAUAAGACCCCCGUUCCGUUCCCCAGUACCAGGGUGGGACCUAAACCUAGUACUUGAGGCACUGCUUGAUCCGCCCUUUGAACCCAUGGGAUCCAUUUCAGAAUCACAACUGACCAAGAAGGUACUAUUCCUAGUGGCAAUAUCAUCAGCAAGACGAGUGUCCGAACUGAGCGCACUUUCAUGUGAUGAACCGUUCCUGAUUUUCCACAAAGACAAAGCUGUUCUAUGGACAUUACCUUCCUUCCUACCAAAGGUAGUAUCCAAUUUUCACGUUCAUCAGGAAAUUGUAGUACCGACGCUGUGUCCGGAUCCCAAGAACGAAAAGGAACGUCGACUACACAAGCUGGACGUAGUCAGAGCACUCCGUUGGUAUGUUGAACGUUCAAAGCACUUUAGACGUUCUAGAUCAUUGUUCCUACUACCAGUGGGACCUAAAAGAGGCCAAGCAGCUUCUAAGGCAACCUUAGCACGAUGGAUUAAAGAAACAAUUCGGCAGGCCUAUCUCUCAAAAGGGAAGGCCCCGCCACUGUCUGUUCGAGCCCACUCAACGAGGGCAGUCGGAGCAUCAUGUGCAUUGCGCAAUUCUGCCUCAGUGGAGCAGAUCUGCAGAGCGGCCACCUGGUCCUCAGUUCACACAUUUUCGAAAUUCUACAACAUUGACACCUACUCCUCAGCUGAGGCGGCGUUUGGCCGUAAAGUACUGCACUCAGUGGUACAGUAAUAGGGUCAAUUCAUCCAUUACAAAUUCAAUUCCCACCCGUUGUUUUGGGGCUGCUUUAAGUCCCCUAGUGUCCCUGUGUCCCCCAGAGACGACAGAGAAAACAGGAUUUUUAAUACUCACCGUUAAAUCUGUUUCUCUGUAGUCGAUAGGGGGACACAGGGCUUCCCGCCCUCUUGUGAAGUUGUUGACCACGUUGGUCUAAUGGGAAUAUUCUUCUGUUUUACCUUUAUGCUAUUGUUCUUAGUUUUAUGGAGUUAAAUAUAGCAGUAUCUUUGGUACAAACUGAUUAGUACAGUAAGAGUGU